AUGGCGCCGGCGGCUGAUCCACAGUCUUCCUCGUCUCUUCCCACCGCAGAAAAUAAUCUCCAGCCUUUUUUCGUUCUUCACAAGGCGUCCCCGCGAAAAUGCACCGGAAAAACCCGCCGGAGGAUAGAUCUAUCCCCCCAAAAAUCAGAUGGACGUGCAGACAUCUCCGACAAAAACCUGCCGUUGGAAACCUUCAAAUGUCUCUGGUCGAAGACCGAGUCCAUUAUCAAGGAGGUCUUGAGAAAUCUUAACGCUGACGUGUUUGACGAUAUUUGUAAAUGGCUUCACGCGUCCUUUGACGCUAUUCGUGCCUGCCGAGCUCUUAAUUUGGGUAGUGCCACACGUCCCUACCCAAUCAUGAAUGGUGCUUCAAAUGCUUCUGCAAUUUCAUUUAGACAGAUCUUCACAGCAUUGCUUUUCACCAAGAAUAUGGAGUUCGUGGAUGACAUAUUGGCUUUUGAGGACCUUGGUGUGCAUUUGAGGUCCAAUGGGUGUUAUGUAGCUAAGCUUACUUCUUCAGAAUUCUCUGCUAAAAAUGGAGUAGGUGGCUGUCUUAGAACUCUAUUGAGGCAGUUUCUGAUGCUCGGAGUUGAUGCUCCUGACAUGUCCAUUUUAGCAUCGUGGUAUUCUGAACAAGAUGAGAAGCCACUAGUUGUCAUAAUUGAAGACGUCGAGAGGUGCUGCGGUUCUGUCCUGAAAGAUUUCAUUGUGAUGUUGAGGGAAUGGGUAGUUAAAGUUCCUGUAAUUUUGAUACUGGGAGUUGCAACGACUUUUGAUGCUCUAAGGAACACUUUAAGCUCAAAUACAUUGUCGGAUCUGUCUAUUUCUUUCAAAAGGGAUGGGCGCAACCCCCUUUUUUUGACUUAA